GAAAGAAAAGGAAGGAUUGUCUCUAAAAGUCCCAUUUCAUAUUCGCUAAAUUAGAUUAAAAUAUAUAAUCUAAUGGAGGCUUCUUUGAAGAUAAAUCUAAGUAGCCCAUUUAUUCAGAUCCCGCCCCUAAACCACGCCACCAGUAGUGUAUAGGUCCAAACACACGAGUCUAGACAGAGGAGCAGAGAGAAAGAGAGGAAGCAUCGUGUCAAACACCGGCGUCUGUUUUACUCAGAUCAACCAUGGUUAAACAAAUCUAAAGCCUCAUUUAGGCUGCUGGAAUCGCACAGACUGCCGUUUUGUAUAGCGACUUAAAGGUAGAAAGAAGUCCAGUGUUUGGAAGAAUGGUCGUGUUGCAAAAUGUUUCUCCUCCAAGAGAAGGAGUGAGGCUUGAGGAAGUGGACAUUACCGCCGUGUUGGACGGGAAGAGACUUGGGUCAGGAACUCUUUGCGUUGCAGAAAGUCGUGUAUCUUGGGUCGAUGGGUCUGGAGUAGGAUUUUCUUUAGAUUAUCCUUCUAUCAGCCUUCAUGCCAUCUCCCGUGACUUGAGUGCAUAUCCUGCAGAGCAUCUGUAUGUGCAGGUCAACUCUAAACAUCAAGAACAUUCCAAGGACGAUGAGGUGAAAGCCAAAGAGGAAGCAGAUGGCAGCGACGAUGACGAGGAGGAGGAGGAGGAGGAGGAGGAUGAUGAUGACGAUGUCUCCACAGGCGCGUUUACAGAGAUCCGCUUUGUUCCAAAUGAUAAAGGAUCUUUGGAGAAGAUAUUUGUGGCCAUGUCCGAAUGCCAAGCAUUGCAUCCCGAUCCAGAUGACUCAGACUCCGAUUUUGAUGGUGAUGAGUAUGAUGUCGAGGAGGCUGAGCAGGGCCAGAUCGAUCUGCCAACGUAUUACUCAUUUGAGGAGGGCAUGUCUCAGCUGACCAUGGAAGGCCAGGCCACACUGGAGAGGUUGGAAGGGAUGCUGGGUCAGUCCUCAGCACCACAGCACUGCAUGGCUGGAGUCAGGACUGAGGAUGCAGCAGCUGCACGAGAUGAUGAUGCACAGACUGACUCUGGUGCUCUUGGAGUCUCAGGGCAGUUUGAUGACGCUGAAGUUGACCACUGACAGAACAGAGAGCCUCUUGUUUUCUCUUGGGCAGAAGCACUUGAAGCCGAGCCGGAACGGGCUAGCAGGCGGAGACACUGAAUUGUGGAACGGAAGCCAAAGCACUGGGCCUUAUGAAUGUUAAAACACUAAAUCGUUGCACAAUUACUGGCUAACACCAGCCUUUCUUUUUAUGUGCUGACAACACUGUCAUACUGUCAAAUCAUCAAUUCUGUGUAACUUUUGUAUUGAAAUUUUUACUGACAAUGACCCUUGAGUACUAAUAUGUGCAUUUCAGUAACAUAUUAAAUAAAGCUAAAUGUAAUCUG